GAUACGCUCUGAGACGGAGGGAAGGGACGUGUCUCUGGCAACGCCGGUGUCAGCAUGGACAGGCCGAGACUGUGGCUCACCCUGUUCUGGGCCUUUGCCCUUCCAGGCUCCCGAGCUGUAAACAUAGAGGAGACCCUCAUUAAUCAUCUCUUCACGGAGAAAAGCUACAACAAGUACCUGAGGCCGGUGGCUUCCAAAGACGAGAGCCUGACCGUUUACCUGGCGCUGACCCUCUCCAAUCUCGUGUCCUUGAAAGAGGCGGAUGAAACACUCACCACCAGCGUAUGGAUUGAGCACGGAUGGACUGACUACAGGCUGCAGUGGAACGAGACAGAAUUUGGAGGCAUCAGCGUCCUCCGCCUCCCGGCAGACAUGUUGUGGCUGCCCGAAAUCGUCCUGGAGAACAACAAUGAUGGUGAAUUCCAGAUCACCUACAGUUGCAACAUUCUGCUCUCCAGCAACGGCGGUGUGUACUGGCUCCCACCCGCCAUCUUCCGAAGUGCCUGCCCCAUCAACGUCAACUUCUUUCCCUUCGACUGGCAGAACUGCACCUUGAAGUUCAGCUCGCUGAUGUACAACGCUAAGGAGAUCUCCAUGGAGCUCAUGAUAAAAGAGGACGAGGAGACUGAGGAAAACUACGUGGUGGAGUGGAUCAUCAUUGACCCCGAGGGGUUCACGGAGAACGGCGAAUGGGAGAUCGUCCACCGUCCCGCCCGUAAAAAUAUCGACCCGAACUUCCCUCCCGAGAGCAACAAGCACCAGGACAUCACCUUCUACCUCAUCAUCAAGCGCAAGCCCCUCUUCUACAUCAUCAACAUUGUCACGCCCUGCAUCCUCAUCGCCUUCAUGACCAUCCUGGUCUUUUACCUGCCUGCCGACAGUGGAGAGAAGGUCACCCUAGCCAUCUCCGUGCUGCUGGCCCAGUCCGUCUUCCUGCUGCUGAUCUCCCAGCGUCUGCCGGCCACCUCCCUCGCGAUCCCGCUCAUCGGCAAGUACCUGCUCUUCAUCAUGUUGCUCGUGACUGCCGUCGUGGUGGCCUGCGUUGUGGAGCUCAACAUCCACUUCCGCACCCCCAGCACCCACAUCCUUUCCGACUGGACCAAAGAGCUGUUCCUCGAGACCCUGCCCCGCCUCUUGCACAUGUCGCAGCCCUCCGAGAGCGAGCCGGAGGCGAAGGAGGGCCUGCUGAUUCGGCGCAGCAGCUCCGUCGGCUAUAUCAUCAAGGCCGAGGAAUACUUCACCGUCAAGUCCCGCAGCGAGCUGAUGUUUGAGAAGCAGUCCGAGAGGCACGGAUUGGCCAGCCGGGUCACCCCUGCAAGGCCAGACCCCCAUGGCGUGGGUGGCAUGCAGGAACAGCUCUACAAUGAGAUCAAGCCAGCCAUUGCCGGGGCCAAUUUCAUCGUGAAGCACACGCGAGACAAGAACGACUACAACGAGGAGAAGGACAGCUGGAACCGUAUCGCCCGCACAGUGGACCGCCUCUGUCUCUUCCUGAUCACGCCCGUCCUGAGCCUGGGCACCUUAUGGAUCUUCUUGAUGGGCUCCUACAACUACCCUCCACCCUUGCCUUUCGAAGGGGAACCUUUCGACUUCCGGGAAGAGCACAAGCACUUUGUCUAGAACCCGGGCCCCUCGCUUCUUCUCAGGAGGGCUGCGGCGUCCACUCACCAACCUCCAUCCACCUUCUUCCCUGAGGAAGGGGCUGGGGGCGGAGGAGGACAUCAGCCCUGGCUUCCUCCAGCCACCCCCUACCAUCCAGUGUGCUCGAUUUCUAAAUUAUUUCUGUGCGUUUGUCUUAUAACUUAAGGUGUAAUAAACACUGCCUUU